AUGAUCAGCGAUCGGGACAAAGGGCUUGUCCCGGCAGCCAAGGAGGUGAUGCCUAGUCACAUCCCGCACUAUUUUUGCGCCUGGCACCUGGAACAGAACCUUAAGCGGCACGGCAAGGCAGCUAUGAAGUUCUUCUGGCGGUUGGUCAAGUGCAGGAGUAAGGUGAAGUGGCUGGCACUCAUUGCAGCCUGCCGGACUGACUUUCCCGACAUGGCUCUGUACUUGUUUGGGAGGGAGGAUCCGCCGGUGCCGGAUUUCCCACCAGAACCAGCGACUCGACCACCUCCACAGGCGCGACAAACGUAUGAGGGUGCACGGGCAUACGUUUUCGAGGCCGGUCGCGAUGGCCGCCGUGCAGCCAGAAAUGCUCCUCGAGGAUCGUCGGCAGCCGCUGACGCGGCUCCAGCAUCCCGGGUGCCGGCUAUGCGAGCUACAACCGGCGAGGUGGUGGUCUCUCGGGGAGAGGUGGGAUUAACGCACCCAAUGCCGAGAUCUACGGGAUGCGGUUCAGAGGAUCGGGAGACACGGCUGCCAUUCCCGGAACACAGGAGAGCGGGGCAAACAGGGAUGGUAGUGCUCGAGGGAACGGAGGAAGGGGAACGGCGCGCAACGGACCAGGACGAGGCGCCUUCCAGUACGGUGGGUUCGGUGUUGGUGUCGGGAGUGGGAGAGGGUUCGGCAGGUAUGGCCCGGGGGGCGCUGGACGAGGUGGGGUUGGGAGGGGCGUGGGGAAUGGUCUGGGGGGCGCCACGCAGGGGGCCGCUGGUGGCAGAGCCCCAAACGGAUACCCAGGAGCGCCUGCUGGUGCUAUCCUCAUGGGCGGAGGGCUUGGAGGCGUGGGGGGACCUGGCCUUUGGGGAGCUGGCGGCGGGGCUGGGCAUCUUGGAGCCGGGAGCGGAGGUGGACUGGGGGGCGUGGGGGUUGGAACCGGGAGGGGAGGUGGACUUGGGGCUGUGCAUCUUGGAGCCGGGAGCGGAGGUGGACUUGGGGGCGUGGGGGUUGGAACCGGGAGGGGAGGUGGACUUGGGGCUGUGCAUCUUGGAGCCGGGAGCGGAGGUGGACUUGGGGGCGUGGGGGUUGGAACCGGGAGGGGAGGUGGACUUGGGGCUGUGCAUCUUGGAGCCGGGAGCGGAGGUGGACUUGGGGGCGUGGGGGGUGGAACCGGGAGGGGAGGUGGACUUGGGGCUGUGCAUCUUGGAGCCGGGAGCGGAGGUGGACUUGGGGGCGUGGGGGUUGGAACCAGGAGGGGAGGCGUGCACCUUGGGACAGGGAUGGGAGCAACCCUUGGGGGUGUCGGGCUGGGCGGCGGGAGGGGAGCUGGCGGCGGGGCUGGGCACAUUGGAGCCGGUAGGGGAGGUGGACAUAGGGGCGUGGGAACGACCCUUGGGGGUCUCGGGUUGGGUUCCGGGAGCAGAACUGGUCUCGGGUCUGAGACACUUGGAAACGUUGAGGAGCUUGGGCUUGGGGGGGAUGGGACUUGGACUCGGUCGUGCGACACGAUAUGCGGGCAUUGGCAUGGGCCCCCCUGUAUUAACAAGAGGAGAAGGAUUCACCGUGGGUUUUGCGAACAGGGUGGGAUAUGGGCGCGGCGACAGCAACGGUGCAGUAGGGGUCGACGGCGGACUGCACGAGCCUGGUGUGAGUUCUGGGCGAGCAGGGGCAGGUGGCUCGGGUUUAGCCACGAACGAUGAGAUGGACACUGGCUCACCUGGUGGGUCAAUGGAGGAAGGUUUGGGGCCGGCAGAACGAGGGAGGGUACCGUUCGACGUGGAUGCACUGCUCCAGAGGGCACGCGAAGGGUACACACCCGCGACUAUCAACACAGGGGUCAACCGUGGGCCAGCGGGUGCACGGCGGGGCCACGACUGGCGAUCGACAGCACUGGACGAGGAGGACUAG